AUGGCGGUCCCCAGCGUGGAGCAGGCAGUGUGCAGCGCCAGCCGCUCCUAUGUGCUGCCCGCGGGGUUCAGGCCCUCCUACGGCACCGCCGGCUUCCGCGCGGUGGCCGACCUGCUGCACUCCACCAUGUGCGGCAUCAUGAUGGCGGCCCGCGCCCUGAAGACGCAGCAGAUCACCGGCAUCUGCAUCACCGCCUCCCACAACCCCGCCCCCGACAACGGCGUCAAGCUGGUGGAGCCGUCGGGCGAGAUGCUGUGCCAGGAGUGGGAGUCGUAUGCGAACGAGCUGGCCAACGCCCAGACUGACGCCGAGCUGGCCAAGCAGGUGGCGGGGCUGCUGGCGGCGGAGGGCAUCACGGCGCCCGCCCCUGGCGUCGUCAUGAUUGCCCACGACACGCGGCCCAGCGGGCCCGAGCUGGCCGCGGCGGCGGCCGCGGGGGUGCGCUGCCUGGGCGCGGAGCCCCAGAUGUGCGGCCUGCUGACCACGCCGCAGCUGCACUGGAUGGUGAUGCGGCGCAACCUGGGGCAGCCGUGCGGGGAGGCAGACUACCACGCCGCGCUGGCGGGCGCGUACCGGCAGCUGGUGGAGGGCACGGCGCCGCUGGGCCAGACCCUGUACAUGGACUGCGCCAACGGCGUGGGCGCCCCCAAGAUGGCCGCCCUGGUGGCGUCACUGGCCCAGGCGGAUGCGGGGCUGGCCGUGGACCUGCGCAACACGGGGCAGGGGGUGCUCAACGGCGGCUGCGGCUCCGACUUCUUGCAGAAGGACCGCCAGCUGCCCGCCAACUUCCAGGAUGUGCCGCCUGGGGCGCGGUGCUGCGCGGUGGAUGGAGACUCCGACCGCCUCAUGUACUUCACGCCGCUGGAGGGAGGAGAGAAGGGUGAGGGGGACCUGGAGACGGUGUCUGCUGCUCACGCCAAAACAGUCAUCCUUCUGCAUCCUGACAAGGAUGAGCAAUUAGAUGCCUCACUGGUGAUCCCUACCUGUUCUGCGCUGGAAAUGCAGGCCGCAGAAGUGCACAAGACUGCCACGCUUUUGGGCCUGCAGUCGUGCCGCAGCCACCCCUCCACCACUCUGCGGCGGCAGCGGGUGGUACUGCAGAACCCGGAUGUGCCCCCGCUAGACAGGAGCAGCGAGGCGCAGCAGGCGACCCGCACCAUUGCUGGCGUGGUGCAGCGAUCGCUGCCCCCUGCAGCAAAUAUGAAGCUGGUGGAAGUUAACGGUAGGUUUGAGGCCUGCUGCAUGGGCUGCAGGGCUAAAGCUUGA